UGGGCAUCAGAGAGCUGUGCACACACCGUGGAGCGGCUUUUCGAUUUACAAGUGUACCAACUAGUUACUAAAGCAUUUUUAUCACUUGAAUCACGUACACCUGUUGCUCUAUAUACGUAACAACCUCGAGUCUCGGUGUCAUAUCACUGGCAGUCUCUGUUUUCAUUUUGUGCACGUGUGACAAAUUGUUUCGUGUGGGAACCACAUUAGUUGCUCCCCUGAACUUCAUUUUCAUUUCUCCCUGAGGCAUUCUGCAGUGCGUACAUUACGGCGUAUCAAAAUCAUUUCGAACAUUAAAAAAUUUCGCUGAGAAAGAAAUUCUUUUAAAAUUCGUAACUCCAUUAGAUUAUCCAUUAUCCCUGUAAUCAUCCCUGAAAUUAUUCCUGAAAUUAAUUAUCUCGGUUCAAUUAAUUGGGUAAUUGUUAAUUAUUAGUUUUAUUUGGAGAUUAAUUUGAAGGAGUGGAAGAAGUUGAAGAAGUUGAAGAAGUUUGUUCAUUAUGAGUGGAAUUAGUGUCACGAGUGAUACGAGAGUGAUUGGGGGUCCGGAUGAGGCUGGUCUGGUGAAUUUGGGGGAUUUUGAGGUGAAGGGGGUGGUGAAUAGGGGUAAAAAUGGAAAAAGGGUUUCCACGUGGGAUGAGAGUGAAUGCAACUAUGAAACAGCGAGUGCUGCUUCAUCAGCGAGUUUAGGGAGUGACGAGUCAAAUGAGUUGAACGAGUCAUCUGGUUACAAUUCACCGGGAAAUGAGGGGGAUAUCAAGUGUGGGGGGCUGGGGGGGCUGGGGAGGUUUUCAGGUUUAUGUGCUAGUGAUGGUGUUGGUGCUGAGGGUGGGAGCGUUGAUGAGGGCUGGGAAGCUGAUGACUCUGCGAGGUUUUAUGAGGCUGUGAGAAUUGGCGAUAGUGAAAAAGUUGAUGAACUCCUGGGGGAAGGGGCUAUUGUUGAUGUUGAUGAGCCCAAUUGGAAUGUUUCGGGGGAUCCACCGCUACUUGUGGCUGCUACCAAUCAUUGUUACGAGGUUUUGAGAGUUUUACUCGCAAAGGGCUGCAAUCCGGGUGCCCGUUCCCCAAGAGGUGAGACAGCACUUCACCGUGCGAUAAUAAAUCGUGGUCCAUUCAAGGCUCGUAAAUUCGUGGAGGAGCUACUGAAACACGGCUGUUCACCGGGUGUCAAAGAGGCCGGGGGUGGAUUGACAGCCCUCCACAUGUUGACCCGUCAAUUGGCACACGCGUAUUCAUCGAGAGUCCCUCAAGUGGAGUUUCAAGAGGCCCUCGAGACCCUCAGCCUUUUGGCAAAGGCUGGGGCCGUCAACGAAAAAGAUCACCAGGGGAGAAAUGCUCUGCACAUAUUAGCAUCUUCAGUAACCUUUGAUAACUGUAGACCCGAAAUUGCGUCUGUGAUUCAAGUCCUGCUCUCGGCAGGGGGUGACCCGUUACUAAAAAACGACCGUGGAGAGACUCCUCUGCACGAGGCCCUCGAAUUUGGUGCCUUGAAUACAGCGGAUCUCUUGAUACCUCACACACCAACUGGUUUGACGUCUCGAUACGGAGAAACUCCUCUGCACAUUGCCUCGAGAAAAAAUUAUCCAGAGACAGUGGAGAAAUUAUUAAAGCUAAACGAAAACCCGAGAACUCAGGACGCAGGUGGCAAUACACCAGUUCACCUGGCAGCAGCUAGGGGUUUCCACCAGGUGGUCUCCUUGCUGAUGACAUCGAGUCUUGUCCAGCUGGAGGUGACAAAUGACGAGGGCCUUACAGCACUCCAGGUGGCUGCCGAAAGUGGAUUUAUCGAUACUGUUAGAGUACUCAUCGAUUCUGGAGCUGAUCUCACGUGUAUCGAUGGAUCUAUACACCAUCGUCACCUCGAUAUAUCGGUUAUUAUCGAUCAGGAGAGAACCAGAAGGAGUGAGAAUCACACCUGAGAGGCUCUUCAAUCGUACGAUGGAUGAAUAUUUUGAUAUCGAUACAUAUCAGUGUCUCCAGAUAUCGCUAUCGAUGAUCCACAUGUGCGAGAAGAAAGUUUCACAUCAGGAGAAUAUUUCUGAUCACUGGUUCUACACUGAGAGAAUAAUCCCCAGGUUGCAAAUUUGGUGAAUUGCAUGAACUUUUAUUUUUAGAAUUGAAGAGGAAAUUAGUGAAUGACAGGAUCAUGUCUUUUUUGGAAAUCAAGUAGUUUUCUCUGAUUUUCUCUCAGUGUGAAAGUCGAAUAAAAUUUCUUCUCUCAAUGGAUCAGGAAUUGUCUCUGAUAUCUUACUUGUAGUUUCCGAUUUUUUUUCAUGUUCAGAAUAAUUCAGUUAAAAAGAACAAGAGCUCGAGAUUUCAGGAUAUCCAAGGAUGUCAGGAUAACUUUGGCUAUAUUUUCUCUUGUUAAUCGUAUUCCAAAUGUUGCUAUGAAUGUUAUUGUUUGAUUAAAUUUGUACAGUUCUCAAAUGAAUUAUUAAUUAUUAAUUUCGAAUUGUUCUAUCUGAAUAAUAAUUAUGUCAUUUUUGUAAAAGUUGAAUGAAUAAAAUUUUAUGAUUGAAUCAUGAAACAUCAAAAAAGAUAUCUUCUUUGAACCAAUACACAUCACUGCGAUUUUUUCAAUAAGAAAAGAGGAAAACCAUUGAGAUAACAUUUCCAUAUAUUUGAUAUACGUACGACUUCGAACUGAGGCACAAACCAAAAUGAUAGUGUCUCGGUUUUCUUUGGUGACUUAUGUACAGUUAAUCAUGUAUAAAAUAAUAUUACACUAUAUCGUAUUACAAGUUUAGUUGCCCUCUUCAAUUAAUCCAGCGCAAUCUCCACAUUAUUAAAAUACAACUUGGCAUCCUCUAUGAAUAACGUCUGCAUAACGACAGUAAA